AUGGCCGUAGACCAUGAUGCUUACUCUGGAGGUCAAAUCUCUGCCCCCUCCGUCUCAGUGUAUCCCCAAGCAUUUCUACGCAAUAUCGGUCAUAUUCAAUGCGAUGCAGUCCUUCCUCACUUCGCUCCCUUCAUAUCCAACAUUCGCCAUUCCACUUCUCGCAGGCCACGCACCGUCAACUUGAACGAUGACCAACCCCUUCCGACCAGUAUGAUCUAUUCGGAGACAGAGUCGAUGUCGACGCUGGCAUGCCUCCAGUCAUUAUUCCCAGUGCCUCCAGCCCUUCAUGACGUCCAGCAGGGUCGUAUUACAUCCGCUCUCGCAGGUGCUUAUGGUAACCCUCCCACUAAGGUCACUCAUAACGCCAGAGUCCGCGAGUGUAAGAUGAGCCUCCCUCACCAACGAUAUGACAACAAGAUCGGCGACGACGACGUACCACGUGCAUUGCGUCUCGAGAACAUCUACAUCAUUCAGUGCGAUUCUCUCAAGCCUGAGGCAUUAAAUGGCAUCAUGUCAGGUCUUCUUCUCAUUUCCUUCUUUCGCAGUCCUCUUCCUUUUCCUCCAUUUAUAAGGACAUCAUCGUUCCCCUCGCCCGUGCUUGGUCUAUCCAAAUAUUUCCAAGCCCUCCGUCCUCAUAUAUGUGUCUUUGCCUCCCAUGCUUUUCCUCAGAUUUAUCAAUGGACCACCUUCGGCAUAACAUCCCUUCUCGAACGCUUGUGGGCUUAUCAUCUUCCCAUCCUCGAGGCUGGCAACAAGCCUAGGCACGAGGCCAUUGAACUAUGUUCUGGUCCUCGCCACAAAGCUCAUGAGACCCUUGUGGCUCGUUCAAAGCCUCCUCGAGCAGGGACUUCCUACCUUUUCCCUUCCGUUCGUAUCACUACCGCUGUCAACAAUCCCAUCAUCAUCAGCGCUGCAGAUUGGCCCACUUUGGAUAACCUCAACGUUCCAGCCAUCGCAUCCAGGAGGUCUCAAGUCCUGACUUACGGACUAGAUCAUUUUGAGGCCUACAAAGCUGCAUUCCACAUAGAGCUGUCUAUCAACAAGCUCUCGCCCCAUGUCUUCCUCCAAUAUUCAACCCAGGAACGUCACUGUAUUGUCAUCGCAUUGGUCGCUUUACGCUCCUACCUGGCGGACGUCAAGGCCCUCGUUGCGACCGCAGUCAAGAAAGAAUGCUCCGCAAACGGCGAGGACGUUGACUCGGACCAACAAAGGCCCAACAGAGACAAGGACCGUCUCAAAUCCCUGCAGAAAUGGCUGGCUUGCGAGCAUCCUCUCGGUUACAAAGACAAAGCUUAUGAGCACCUUCUACGCUGCAUCGUCCACGACCCCAGCGAUUUCUCUGACGGUCUUCCUAAUUCCUCCAAGGAGAAGAUGAGCGUACAAGACUUCGCAGCUCACAUCUGCAAGAUGACUCGUGUCGAAUCUCCUUCUUCUGUCGCUGCUCCACUCAUUUUCACUGCUCCUUCCACUGCUGUCUUUCGCAUCGCCUAUGCUCGCAUGCUCAAGUACGCUCCAUCUCAUUCUCCUGCUGCUGCCGAGAAUGCAUACAGCGAAGUUUAUAUCAUCGCUGCAAAUCAUCUUCAAAUUCAGCAUGUCCCAUGGCACGCCCCGCAUGCAGGAGGCAGAGGACGUCCAUCUCGAAAGGCAGCUCAUGACUCCUGGAUCAAUCUAGGGAAGUCUGCUGUGGUCGACCAUACAUCAUCGGCCAUCGCUCGAGCCAACACUCAACCCGUUGACUUGGCUGCUGAGGCUGCAAAGAAAGCACAAGCAUCAGAUGCUCGAGCCCCAUGGGCAGUUGAAUCUAUCACGCUUCAGUCUCUUCCUGACUUCUUCGCCAGAGACAGUCUGCCCGACGAAUUCAGUCUGGAGCACAUCGAAUUCAAUGGAGAUGCCAUUCUGACUGAGAUCUAUGAAUGGGCUUUCGCCAAUUUCGACAGAGACAAGCCUCUCCACAAGAUUGCCUUGCUCGCAGGAAUCUACUUCAGUCACGUUUUGCCAGACGUGUUCUGGGAUCCCAAGGACAAGCCUGACAACGGGAAGCUUCUCAGUGAACGCUCUACCACCAACGCUGUGAGAUCGCUGCCCUGGACGCCCAAUAAAGGCAGCAGAAAAGGAAGCACUUGGAGGCCCCAGUUCAUCGCCAUGGUUCCUGCCUACAUUAUCUCCUGGAACUCGAAGAACAGCGCAAAAGGCAUAGGCUCCUUGAAUCUCGUACGAAUGGGCCUGGCUAGAGCUCGCUCCAGCCGCAUCUUCAAGGGUGGUGUCCCUCUGUCUGAUUGGAUAUUGCUCACCCAGGAGGAAUUGAGCGCAAAGUACAAAGAGAUCAUGGCCUGUCUGCAAGACCGUCAAUACGGACCAUUUAAGAUAGCUGUCAUGUUCUUCGGUCUAGACAAAGCCGUCGAACUAGGCACUACCACAGGGACAUACACCAAUCAUCCAUCGAUGUCAUCUAUCGCAUUGAAGAAACGACCAGCACCCCACCCUGAGUCUGAUUCUGAGGUCGAGGUCAUAGAGCACGUACAGCAUAAACGUUCUAAACAUUGA